ACAGUUAGAAACAAAAAUCGCCAAAAUUGACAACGCGACUCUGUUCUAAACAGAACUUGACGGAAGAGAAGCUCUUCGCAAAGGGGAAGACGAAGGAAGCACGAAACUCAAAAGCGAUCGAUUCCAAUUAUUCGUUACCGGCGAAGGAAACUGAAGCAAUCGUUUCUGUUCGCUCUUUCACUUCCUUAAUUUCAUUUUCUUCCAUCUAUGCGAUCGAGCUAAAGUAGGAUUACCGAGGCUGCAUGCAUGGCUGCUGUUUUAGAUGUUGCAUAAAUGGAAGAAACUAUUAGCUUGCACCGUUUCCAAAUAUUUUCUGGUGAUUGACUCAAAAUAAUAGUCCUCGAUGGUAGAUCUCAGAGUUCCCUAUCGUCCAAUUAUAGCUUAUAGGCCCAUACGCCCGUCUGACUUUGCGAUUCUUGAGAAAAUUCAUGGAGAUCUAUUUCCCAUAAGGUAUGAAUCUGAGUUCUUCCACAAUGUUGUCAAUGGACAUGAUAUUGUCUCCUGGGGAGCCGUUGAUCACAGUCGGCCAAAUGAACAGAGUGAUGAACUUAUCGGAUUUGUUACUGCAAGAAUUGUUUCAGCAAAAGAUAGUGAGAUAGAAGACCUGCUCAGCUUUGACUUGUCGAAAACAGACCAAACAUUAGUAUACAUCUUAACAUUGGGUGUCGUAGAAUCCUACAGAAAUCUGGGAAUAGCCAGCUCACUAAUCAACGAGGUUACGAAGUAUGCCUCAAAUGUUUAUACAUGUCGUGCCGUUUAUCUACAUGUGAUCUCAUACAAUAAUCCAGCCAUACAUUUUUACAAGAAAAUGUCCUUCCAGUGCUUAAGAAGGCUGUACAAUUUUUAUUACAUAAACGGACACCAUUACGAUUCAUUCCUGUUUGUAUACUAUGUCAAUGGCGGUCGAUCUCCUUGCUCACCUCUCGAACUUGUGACACUAUUUGUUACUUAUGCAAAGAGUGGAUUUAAAUCCGUGGCUGCAAAGCUGUGGAGAAACGAAGAAAGGAAGAUUUCAAAGUGGCCGAAAUGUAAAGAAUCCGGUUGUCUUCUACCGACAGUGCAGAAUAAAAGAUCGGUUACAGGCGAGGGAUCUCGGUGUCAAUUUGUCUGACUUAUUACCGCACAUAGAAAUUCUUGCAUUGUUUGUUGUAACAACUCGUAAAAUAAUGUGAAAUAUCAUUAACAGUUUCAACUAUACAUUUAACUGUUGUUAGCAUGUAUAUGGUUGUUUUCGCUGA